UUCGCCGGCGCCUCCGACGAUCGCCUCCACGACCGCAGACUUCCACGACGCAGCCUCGUCCCAAGCAGCCAUGAAGUACGCUUUCGCCAUCGCAGCUCUCCUCGCCGUCGCCUCGGUCCACGCGGCCGAGGAGAAACCGGAGGACGAACGGCCCAAGACCUACCGCAGGCUCAUACCCGCGGACGUACUCAGGGACUUCCCGGGCAUGUGCUUCGCCUCGACCAAGUGUGCGACCAUCGAGCCCAAGCAAUCAUGGGACCUCUCGCCGUUCUGCGGUCGCUCGACUUGCGUCCCCGCCGACGACAACAGCGGCCGGCUCUUCGAGCUCGUCGAGGACUGCGGUCCCCUACCCAAGGCCAACCCCAAGUGCAAGCUCUCGGACAAGACGAACAAGACCGCCCUCUUCCCCGACUGCUGCCCGGUAUUCGAGUGCGAGGAGGGUGCGAAGCUCGAGUACCCGGAGAUCCCGACGCUGCCGCCGCCGAGCGCUGAGGAGGCCGAGGCCAUCGCCAAGGCCGCCGCUAUCAAGCCUUCCGCGUAAGCUUCUCCCGCUCAAGGUCAAGUCCGCGUCCCGGGGCUCGACGACGGUGGGCCGCGCGGUGGUAGGUGCGUGAUGAUGCGAAGUGAGCUCGUCCAAGUUGCCGAUGUCGGCACCUCGCCUCUCGUUUUCGUCCGGGGUCACCUGGCUUCGAUGAGCUCGAGGUGUCCACCACUCAGAGGA